AUGGAAAACGAAAACAAGGAGUCUGGUUAUGCUACAAAGCCGAACGAAACGACAAACCCGCCACCUCUGGACGAAAACGCAUGUGUUUCAGAGGAAAUGUGGAAUGGACAAGGGAAAGCGGAAUUGGAUCAGACCGUUAUCGAUAAGAGACCUCGGAAACUAACUCAAAAGGGCAAGGGCUAUCGCCUCGCGCAAAGGAAAGGAGAAAGAAAUAAACUUAAACGAAAAAUACAAUCUCAGAUUGCUAACCUCAGCACGCUGUUGGGCCAUGAUAAGAACCUUGAGUUAAUCAGUGAUUUGUCUAUUAAACUAAAUGAUCUGUUUGAGCAGUUUGGUGAUCUGCACGAAGAAAUACAAGAACUUCUUACAGAAUUAUGAUGAUUUGUACCAAGAAAUUAGACUCAUUCAUGAAACAGUACAGAAGUGGAUGAUCGAUACCAAUCAUCGGAUUAGAGAUGAGAAAAUUGAAAGGGGUUCUACCAAGAGCAUCAAAUCAAAGGGCUCUAGGUCCUCGAAGUUGUCAACCACAUCCUCAAGGGCGAAGGCUCUCGAAGCCAAGGCAAGGCAGGCUGAGUUAGAGGCAAGGAUCGCACAACUUGAUCAAGUCGAGGCUGCGAAGAAGGAAGCAGAAAGAGCAAAACUAAUGGCCGAACGUGCAGCUGUGGCCGCUGUCAACAAAGUGUAUGAAGACGCUAUGAAGGAGGAUGACGAACAAUAUUUGGGCUUGGAUGAUCCUGACAUCAAUGAUACAGCUGCCGACGAUCAGCCUAAACCAAAGAAGUCUUCGCAGACCACUGAGCCUAUACAAACCAUAGAUGAAUCCAGAAAUUUGAGGAAAACUGAAGCAGAAAUUAAGCAUUUGAAUGAUCCUGCCGAGAAUCAGCUGGAAUCUAUAAGCGCUUUAGACCCUAAGGCACCAGAAUUUGCGUUGCCCUCUGUACCCUUACAAUCGGAAUGUGUUGUUAGCAAUGGUAGUGCAGCAUACUGCAACCCCAUGGUAACGAAUUGCAAUGCCGAAGUGACCAGUCUUGUACCACCAGCGGCCUUCUGGGAAAAGAUGGAAUUAAGAAUGACGCAACCCCCGCCUGUACCCGCUCCGUUUGAUGGAGAUCCAUCCCGCUACCUCCGUUUCAGAGCUGACUUUAGAGAUCAAGUCGAGAGCAGAGCAUCGUUGACUGAUAGCGAGAAAAUGAAUUAUUUAAUGACUUACACAGCUGGUAAAGCAAGGGAAGUCGUCGAAAACUAUCGGGGUCUACCAAAUGGUUGUCACAUCGCUCUGCAAAUGUUAAGGCAGAGAUUUGGACAAAAUGCAAUGGUAGUGGAGGCCCUCAAGUCGUCAGUGGUAAAUGGACCAAAGUUAAAGAAUGGUGACAGUGCAGCCCUUCUAGCUCUUUCCGAUAAAGUGCAAAACUGUCGCUGGGCAAUGAUUGAACUGCAAUCAAAGGAACUUGACUGUACUACGAACUUACGGCAAAUCUAUGAUCGUCUACCGUACCCCUUGCAGGCGAAAUGGAGAAGGUCAGCAAAGCAGUACCGUGAAGAACUGGUGGUGGAGAGCCGACGCUCAAGGAACUUUCGGAGUUCAUAA